AUGAAAGAGACUGUAGUGACCCAGUGGCACCGAGUCUGUGAUGAGAACUGGAGUAGAGCGCAUGUUCAUUUAUCCUAUUCAUUGGGAUAUAUUGCUGGCUGUAUGCUGGGUGGUUUCGUUUCUGAUAGAUAUGGACGAAAGACGGCUAUCUGUGCAUUUGGUAUAUUGUCGUCGAUAUUUGGUUUUUUGUUACCGUUCACGAAAGAGUUUGAAGUGUUUCUGGUGAUUCGUUUCCUGGGUGCGGUUUGUAAUGAGGCUGCUGAUCUGGCUGCUUAUGUGUUAUGCAUGGAAGUUACUGGUGUGAAAUAUAGAUCGAUCAUCGGUAGUUUAUUGCAAGCGCCGUGGGCAUGUGGCUACGCAUUCCUAGCGCUAGUUGCAUACCUCAGCAAAUCUUGGUAUACAAUUCAGGUUAGACAUGCGGAAAAACGAAAGUGGUUGAGGAGUAAACAACGACCGCACUUUUUAUUGUUAUUCAUAUCGAGUGAUCUGAGAAUCAGAUCGAUUUGUCUUUUUGUUAUUUGGAUUGCAAUUGCACUCGUUUAUUAUGGGUUGGUGAUUGCUCUCUCUGAUCAGUCUUCCCCCGGCAGAACGAUGUUCGUCGGCCAUUUCUUCUUGAAUAACGCAAUUGCGGGUGCGAUUGAGCUACCGACUUUGAUGGGAUGUGUUUAUCUGUUGAGGUUUGGUAGGAAACGAUCGCAAACGAUAACGCUGAUCGCUGGAGGGAUUUUGAUUGGAAUCGCGAUAAUGGUCAGCACUCAACAGCACACCACUUUGGCGCUGAUGUUCAUGCUGGCUGGCAAGGUGUGCAUCCAGGGUGCGUUCAACAUUCUCUACAUAUUCACCUCUGAGUUGUACCCGACCAUCAUUCGCAACAGUGCUGUUGGAGUGUGCUCGAUGGUAUCGCGAAUGGGAUCAGCAGCAUCCGGUUACAUAGCGAUACUAUCAGAUGUGACUCUACCAAUUGUGCCAAUGCUGAUAUUCUCAAUAUUUUCAUUGGUUGCCGGUUCAUUGGUGAUGUUCUUACCGGAAACACAAGACAUUCCUCUGCCGGAAACCAUUUGGGUAGGGACAGACACACCAAUUGAUCAGGAAGAUGCAGUUACAAUGCUGAAAACACAAAAUACUCAUAAAUGUAUGAAUUUUAAUGGUGGUAAUCAUUAUGAUAACGAUAAUAAAGAAAUUUAUGGUGAACGAGAGGAAUCAGAGAGCUUUCUGCAGAGAUGA